CUCCCCCAAGUGGAGAAACAAAUUAUAGACGGCCAAGUUGUUGCGGAAGUGACAACAUUUCGGAAAACGACAGAUGACAGCGAAAUAGCUAUCGUAAAUGAAAUUGUUGUCCACAAAUAAACUGUACAAUAAAGACGUCGACGAAAAGGCUGCCGGUCCUAAUGUGGAGGCGGAGCAGAACUUGCGUUGAGCACCUGCCUGUGUUGCCAUGGGUUCACCCCCCUUGUUCCUGCUCCUCCUGGGCCUGACCCCUAUGCUCCGUCUGACUGUUCAUACCCUCCACACGUCCGCCCCUCCCGCGGCUCCUCCACCCUCCUGUGGGCCGGGCCAGUCAUGGGCUGUCCGGUUGCACACAGACUCAGAGCUGCUGGAGGCUGACGGCUCCACCCUGCACGAGCUGGCCAGCAUGGUGGCUGAGCAGGCUGGCCUGGAGAACAGGGGCCAGAUAGGGCAGCUGGAGGGCCACUACCUGCUCUGUGCCGGCCCCGAGGAGGAGGGCAGAGCGGGGGACGUGCUGGCAGCCCACCCUCAUGUGCUCUGGCACUCCCAGGAGCAGGUCCUCAGCCGCUCCAAGAGGGCAAUGGCCUUCAACGACCCCAGAUACCCCUUACAGUGGCACCUGCACAACGAUGUCAGGGAGGGCAUGGACAUCAAUGUGACUGGUGUAUGGGAGCGCAACAUCACAGGGACAGGGGUGACAGUGGUGGUCGUGGAUGAUGGGGUUCAACACACCCUCCAGGACAUUCAGCCAAACUAUAGUCCAGAGGGCAGUUAUGACUUGAACUCCAACGACCCGGACCCCAUGCCCCACCCGGACGCCCUCAGUGACAACCACCACGGCACGCGCUGCGCCGGGGAGAUCGCCGCCGUCUCCAACAACAGCUUCUGUGCUGUGGGCGUGGCCUAUGGCAGUAAAGUGGCAGGUAUCAGAGUCCUGGAUGGGCCGCUCACAGACAGUAUGGAGGCGGUGGCUUUCAACAAGCACUACCAGAUCAACGACGUCUACAGCUGCAGUUGGGGUCCUGAUGAUGAUGGCCGCACUGUUGAUGGACCACACCCCUUGGGCAAGGCGGCGCUGCAGCACGGCGUGAUUGCUGGCAGAAGGGGCUUCGGCAGUAUCUUUGUCGUCGCCAGUGGCAACGGAGGCCAGUACGAGGACAACUGCAACUACGAUGGCUAUGCUAACUCAAUCUACACUGUUACCAUUGGAGCAGUAAAUGAGGAAGGGAAGAUGCCCUUCUAUGCUGAGGAGUGUGCCUCCAUGUUGGCUGUCACCUUCAGCAGUGGGGGCAGAACGCUACGCAGUAUUGUGACGUCAGACUGGUCACUGCAGCAGGGCACGGGCUGUACUGACGGGCACACGGGCACCUCGGCGGCGGCACCCCUGGCGGCUGGCAUGGUGGCUCUGAUGCUGCAGGUCCGGCCCUGUCUCACCUGGAGAGACGUGCAGCACAUCAUCACCUACACAGCCACACAGUAUGAUGUGCAAGGGGAUUGGAAAAUCAAUGGAGCGGGCUUCCACCACAGUCACCAGCACGGCUUCGGCCUGCUCAACGCCUGGCGGCUGGUCAACGCUGCCAAGGUGUGGGAGAUGGUGCCGUUCCUAGUGUCCUAUCAGAGCCCAGUGCUGAAGGAGGAGGAGCUUAUCCCAGCCUAUCCAGAUCAACUCAACCUAACCUGGAACGUCACUGCAGCUGACCUCAGGCAGUCCGGGAUGCAGACCUUGGAGCACGUGUCUGUCACCUUGACGAUGGUCCAUUCUCGCCGUGGCAACGUGGAGAUUGUACUACUCUGCCCCAGUGGCAUGACCUCACUCAUCGGGGCGCGCCGUACUCUGGACAUGGAUACCUCUGGUUACUCAGACUGGACGUUCUCCACUGUGCGCUGCUGGGGGGAGAGAGCCGAGGGCCAGUACAGGCUGCAAGUCUCUGACCACAAAGACCCUGUGUUGACCCUGGGCUCUCUAAAGCACUGGAAGCUCACUCUGUACGGCUCCUCUCUGUCCUUCGAAGAGGUCAAGGAGAGACAGAGUGUAGUGGAGGAGGCUAUGGGGGGGCAGUAUCUGGACAGCAGUUUCUCCCUGCCCUGUCCUGCAGGCAUGGACAUCCCCUCUGAGACGGUCAGCCCGUUCACCUCCAAGAGCCUCAAGUCUCUGCUACUGCUGGGCUGCUUCGCACUCUUCUGGUCCUUGUACUACACCCUGGAGGUGACCCUGGCCAACCUGGACUUUAGGGGACUGUGUCGGCGGGGCAGGGGGACGCGGGGCUCCCGCGGGGGCCGGGGGAGAGGCACUGGAACUCUGGGGGACAGCUCUGAGCUGGAGAUGCAGAGUGUGUUGGACUCAGAGUACAAGGUGCCCUUCAUCACUGGCGACACUGCCACAUAACACUGGAGAAAACCUCUGUCCUUUCUCCUUACGACAUCCCACCCGCUGCUCAACAGUCUGGGCCUGGCACCAGUGGGGCCAACUGAACUGGAGACUGAACUAUGUGGGCUGGAACUGUGUGCUCACUGGCCAACCCAUUGCUCCCCAAGCCUGUGGCCUUUUAUCAGUGUUGCAGUGCCCCAUGUGUGUGAAUAAGUGUACUGCGGUGGAGCAACCUAAACCCCCUGAAUCUCUCAGGACCCUCCGGUCUCACCUAGCAGUGCUAUAGAGGUGGUAGUUUGACUUGGUCUUUGGGUUGGAGUAUAUAUCACUAGUUUGGUUCAGUCCCAUACCUGGGUCUUUUAGUGUGGGACUAGGUGUGCCGGACAACCAGACAGAGCAUCACUCCCAGGGCGGUUUCCUGGACAACCAGACAGAGCAUCACUCCCGGGGCGGUUUCCUGGACAACCAGACAGAGCAUCACUCCCGGGGCGGUUUCCUGGACAACCAGAAAGAGCAUCACUCCCGGGCUGGUUUCCUGGACAACGAUUAAGGCUAAUCUUGGUCAGGAUUAGGUUUAGUCUGGGUUUAUGGCAAACUUCUAAAGUUUAUUAGGUGUGUACCAUGGGAAGGCAUUACAAUGCUGUGUGUGUGUGAAUGAGUUUUAAAAUGUAAAUGGUGUUUGGUUUUGAGGAUGUGUGUGAGUGCUCUUGCUUAUGGUUUAAGUUAUUUUUUUAAAUUAAAGGUGUUACUUUUAUAAAAAUGUUGCAUUGUAAUUUCAGAAAAUGUCCAUAAUACACUGUGUACAAAACAAACACCUUCCUAUUAUUGAGUUGCACCCUCCCUUUUGCCCUCAGAACAGCCUCAUUUUGUCGGGGCAUGGACUCUACAAGGUGUCAAGCAUUCCACAGGGAUGAUGGCCCAUGUUGAUGCCAAUUAUUCCCACAGUUGUCAAGUUGACUGGAUGUCCUUUGGGUUGUAGAACAAGUUGCUUUCGGUUUUGAUCCACCAGCUUCAAACAGCUGUAAAAUAAUGUAUUUUUUGCAACGAUUGAGAUUGUACAAUGGUUCCCAACAUUAUUCAAUGCUUGUUUUUGCACAUAAAUUGAGCGAACAGUGUAGAAUUUGAGCAGCUAGGAAAUAAGCAAUUUCCACUAGAUAAGUCAGAACAGCUUUCCUAUUUUAACAGAUGCCGUUCUGGUGGGAGAUUAUCACAGGUACGAUAAUAUUGUGAAACACUAUUAGCGACAGAUAUUUGAUGGACAUUUUCUGAAAUUACAAUACAAAAAAUAAAUCCUCUGUGUAGAAACUUUAAAGCUACAAUAUAUAACUAUUUGGGUGAACUGACCAAAUUCACAUAGAAAUGUGAGAUAUUUAAUUCCUAUUGAAAGCAGUAUAAGAAGCAGUAGAUCUGUUCUAUGUGUGCUAUUUCUAUGCUUCCCAUUCUGAAGUUUUGUUUUUGCUUCUUUUGCUUUUGGUUUUGGACACCAACUUCAAACAGCUGAAAAUACAAUAUUUUUGGUUAUGGAAAAUAUAUUUCACAACGACUUAGAUGGUACAAUGAUUCUCUACACAAUGGCGGUUUUGUCACAAACUGAAAUUAGGGGGACUAUUUUAGCAAACAGGAAAUGGUGGAGCGAUUUCUGCAUAGUGCACCUUUUUAACUUAAUUAUUUUGUAAACAGACCUCCCGUUUGGGCGUGGUGGUUUUGGAAUGUUAUUUUGUGCAGACUAUAUACAUUUUUCUGGUACUUGAGCUUGAUUUGGAGGUUGAAGAUUUGGAGGUUGAAGAUUUGGAGGUUGUUUUAAUUUUUUUUGUAUCAACUGUAAUAUGUUACAAUCAACAAUAUUUCGGAGUUUGAUUUUUUUUAAUGAACUGAAACAAAGAUUUUGUGUUUACUGGACUAAACUGGAAGCCUGUUCCAGUCACAGCUUGACUGAGUAAAAUGAAUUGGAGUUUCAGGCUGGAUCAUUCCCAUCAUUUCCCUUCCAAUCAUACUAGAGGAAUUUAGGACGAAGUCAGUGCUAUCGUAGGCGUGUUUUGGACUUCUAACCCCUUUUUUAAACAUUGUCUGACCUACAACAGCUGGGUUGUUGCAUUAGUCUGUGUGAUUAACGGGGGUUGAGGUAGAGUGGUGUUUGAGACACGGGCGGAUCCCGAAAAAAUUUUAUUCUCACAAAAAACGUGUGAGCGACAAUCUAUUAAAAGCUGACCCUAGUCGUUAGAAGGCAAGAGGUUCUUCUACAUAGAUCUUUGGAAAUCCCAGGACAUAGUCUUAUACUGUAAUAAGCUCAUAUAGUUUGUCACAAACUCUAAACUUGUCACUGACUAAUUGGAUAUUCAUUUCCCACUGAGCAAACAAUUUCUGUACUUACAGCAUUCUUAUUCAUUUAUGCAUUUUUUGCUUAACGAUCCUUAUUUGUGCAUUGACAUUUGUCAAUAAAACUCAUGGAUGCAAGUA